UACUGCACUUAGCGGUCACCUACAACGAUAUUCAAAAUAGUAACGGCGUAACUUUAAAUUCAAAAGCCACGCACACACGCAUAAAAGUAUACGUGUGCGGGCCAGUGUCAGCGCGUGAGCAUAUACAUAUAUGCUUGCGUGCCAUCGGCUUACAAUCGUAAUACUUAGAACGAUAUGGUCCUUCAAAAGGUAAACAAUCUGUCAGAAACCGGCGACUUAAAUGCUAAAAAUGGAGAAUGAAAUAGAAAACGAGGAUAAUUUAUCUGUGGUGCAGUACAUAAAUGAUUAUCUGGAUUGUGUUGAAAAUUUACCGAACGAUUUACAACGGCAAUUAUCACGGAUACUGGAUCUCGAUGUCACAAGUCAAAACUAUUUCCGUGAAUUUGAGAAGCAUGAAAAGGUUGUUGCAAAAAUUAAUGUCGACACAACAACGAGAAAACAAGCUCUCAUACAAAUGCACAAAUCACUAAUAUCAAUGCAAAAUAUUGGUGAUGAGAAAUUGCAAAUAAUGCAAGUAAUUUUAAAUCUUAUAGAGAAAAAAGUGGAACAAUUGAAUGUAAAACGAAGGAAUUUAAAUUUGGGCGAGCAGGAAAAUAACGAACCUCUUAAUAAGUCAAAUAAUAACGUGGGUUCUUUGAACGUGGAGAAGAACGUUAAUAAUACAAAGUUGAAUUUGCGUGGCAGAAGAUCAAAAUUGAAUACGUCUUUAAAAUCAUCGGAUGGAGCGGAUACAAGUAUUUUGUCGGAAAAUCAAUUGUUAAACAUUUCAAGUUCGUCGAAUGGAGCCCAGAAGAAAUUGAAUACAUCGAAUAGUAGUAAAAAGAGCAAAGGAAAGUCUUUCGCGAGUCAGCAAAAUCAAAAUAUAGAGGAUAAUCAAUCACUGACCGAAGAUGAUGCCGACGAACCGUUAUACUGUCUGUGCAAGCAAAUUUCAUUUGGAAAAAUGAUUAUGUGCGAUAAUGACUUGUGCUCGGUCGAAUGGUUUCAUUUUAAAUGCGUUAUGCUUACCAAAAAACCAAAAGGUAAAUGGUAUUGUCCCGAAUGCAGAGGACAUCGACCAAAUAUUAUGAAGUCAAAAAUUGAGCCUCGGUGACACAGCGCAGUUGCUAUUAUCAAUAAAAACUUUACACUUGAUAACAUUGUACAAAAAGCAUUGUAAAUCGCGUCGCUACAUAAUAAUUUAAAAGGUACUCGUCUUUUUAAUUUUAAUUCGAAUAGUUAUCUUAAAUACAUU